UUGUGCUUGGAACUCUAGCUGCUGUUGCCAUUAGUUACCAGUAACUCUCAAUCAUCUCCACCACUACACAGUAACGUGACACAUUUUACCACUGUCCAAAACUUACUCUGCCCCCCCCCCCCUCCCCAUCAUUGCUCAUUCUUUGCCACCUACUCCCAUCCGGCCUGCCUGGGCGAGGGGGGUGCAGUUAUCAGGCCUUCGCUGUGGUCCUUUCGGUGACUCCUGGGGCCUCCCACAAGCGGCUCCUCUGAGCUACGGCUCGGUCGGGCGGGUGCAAGAAGUCGAGGUGGGGUGGGAAAAGGAGCGAGUGGACUCCACAUGUGCAGGGAGGCUGUGAAAAGCAACGCGGCGCCAAAAGCUGAGGAUCUGCUGUGCUGCCUGCACCAGAACUGCCGGGACGAGGAGCGGACAGGACCGGGACCUACUAGACGGUAAGGAAUUGGAGGAAAAGUGGAAAGCCAUGCCUCGACCGUGUGCGGCGCUGCUGGUGUGCAUGCUCUUCCUGGGGCUCCUCUGCCUUGCAGUGGCAGACCAGAGCACUUCAGAUGAACAAGUCGAAGCGGCGGCCCGCGAGAAGCGCGGCCUGCCAAACUGGGCCCUGACAUCCUCAGACUUCUUCGGCUGGGUGGAGAACCUGCGCGCCCAUGCCGGCUAUGACAAGAUGGAGGAUCUGGCCAGGACCUUCUGGGCGCACUUUCCCCCCGCCAGCCACAUGGGCUACGAGAGCCCGGAGCCGGAGGAGUGAUGGGGAGGGGGGAGGAUCCGCAGGAAGGUGACGGAGAACAGAGCUCUUGUUUAAAGCUGAUAGCAGGAUGUUCUGAUAUAUGCUAUAGAAAGCGGAAACACAGCUUGUCAACAAAAACGUAAUAUUUAAAUCUGAAAUAAAUCAUUGAAGA